CUCCAAAUUCCCCAACCUCCAACCUCCAUCACAUUGCGCACCGGCUUCUCCUGACUUGUCAACCGUUGCUCAAAAUGGCCGAACAGCUUCCUCCUGAGCUAAAGAUUCCAGAGAUCAGUCGCUUCAUCAACCGCGCGAACCAAGUCAGAACAUACAAGCCUGCCAUUGCUUACUGGUGCGACUACCGGGCCCUCAAUCAAAUAGUUAGCAAAGGGCUACAUAGUGCUUCUCCAGCUUGCGGUGAAUAUGCUGCCGUACUGAUCGAGCGCCUGGAAAACACAAAGACAGAGCGCGCGGAUGACGACGCUAUUGUCGACAAUGCUGCUGGUCAGGCAUAUGUAGAGCAGUUCGCACAGGAGACAUUUGACCGCGCUGAGCGGACGCUCCGUGCAAACAAAGUUACUCGCCAAACAGCCGACACAUUCGACGCAGCAGCCACGUUUUUCGACCUUACCCACGAAUGGGGCACGCCGGAACCCGCUAUACUGCAAAAGAUUAAGUUUUCAAAGUGGAAUGCAGCUAGGAUUCUUAAGGCUAUUCGCGAGGGCAACGAUCCCAAUGAUUCCAACCCGAAGCUAGAGAACGACGAUGACGACGUUGUCGAGCUGGAUCCAAAUGACCCUGAAGUACAGCGGUUAACAGGUGCGCCGCAGCCCGUCACGAUACAAGAUGUUCCGGAAACAGGUGACGGUAUGACAUCGGAGCCAUCGCCUAUCGCACAGGCUGAUAUGCAGGCACCGGGAGAACCAUAUGCCCCGUCUCCCAUGACCAUGUCUCCUGCACCACCUCAACCUCCUCAUCCUGUCCCUCCUACCCAGCCAAUCGACCUUCCUCCAACCAUGUCUCCCGAUGUCGUGGCGCCGUCAUGGAAUCCUCCACCGCCCGUUCCCGCACCCAUACCCGUAUCAUAUCCUCCUCCUUCCGCCCCUGCUACGGUUCCAGCCCCGGUAUCCAACCAUCGAGACCUCAACCAGGCCCAAAAGCAUGCAAAGUGGGCUAUAUCAGCGCUCAAUUUCGACGACGUGCCUACUGCUGUGCAAGAAUUAAGAAACGCACUAGCUGCUCUUGGCGAGUCUUGAGCCAGUGUCAUUACUUAUGUUCCUUUACAGCAUCACUUUACAAAGCCAGAAUUCAAGUUUCAAGACAUCAAUUGUAAAACAUAUUAUAUAAGAGCAUAUAUUCUCUGACGAUCGAAAGAGAUUCCAUAAAACACCAGAUCCUAUUCGCUAUCGCUGCACAUAACUUGGCAUGCCGUGUUAAAAAUAAAAAUAAAAAGAAGACAGUAUUUGCAUAUGUUAGAGGGAGUGUUUGCACAAUUUAAGCUCCACAUGGAUACUGGGUGAGUGAGAAGAGGGGGGAAUAGGCACAUGUCGUCGCAGCGCCAGCAUUUGUAGUCAUGACCUGCUGGGCCUCAGUGUGCCAGCUCGUUAGCAUAAUUUCGUUUUCCCAGCAUUGUGGGAAGUUCAGGCCACGGCCACAAUGUUGUUGGCAAACACGUCUGGUGGAACAGCGAUAUCAACAAAUUGUGUGCCAUCUUCGCUUGUCUGGGCCUGUAGGACUGCUUGUCCUUGUUCGUCAGGCUCAUCAGCAUCGGUCCAGCCGCGCUCCGGACCCCAGGCAAUUUCCAUAUUGAGUUGCGCAGCAACCUCCAUCAAGCUGCGCAUCAUAGCGCCAGAUUUCUUGACACUAUUCCAGGCGUCAAAUUGGAUGGUUUGGACCUCUGGGAGUGCCUUGACGACAUCCGCCAACAGGCGGCGACAGAAUGUCUCAUAGAAGCCGUCUGAACGACGGAAGCCUUUAAAGUAGGCAUCGCUUGGGUCACAUUCCACAAAGACUGUCAACGUCCGCAAGCUGAUGCAUUCAGUCAGUCCCAAGGCGUCAUUUACAACCCAGCCGCGAGGAGGGGCGUUCCAUCCAGGACCGAGGCGGAGUUCCAACGACGUAAUGCACUGUCGUUGAAUGGGCUUGAGCCGAGCCAGCAUCGGCUUCUUGGACUUGAAGUGCUUGCCUGGGUACGUUGGGAAAAGCCGAAAGGUGCGUGUUCCAUAGAAGAAAUGAGUAGCCUCGGCAUGGAUCUGCCGGCAGGUACGCAUAAAUCCAAGCUUCUUGUGGGUACGCUUGUAGUUUUCGGGCCCCAGAUCAAUAAUAUCUUCAGCAUUGUCAAAGAAGUAUUCGUAAAUCUUGAUGCGAAGCUCGGAAGGGAGGCUAAGAAAGUGAAAAGGCGUCCUCGGGACUUUUCGUUCGCGCCUGAAGGGACGCAGUGGCGUAUCCAUAGUGAGAGCCGCCAGGGAAUUCGUUGCCUCUUCCAACUCUCCGUCGGCCUUGACAGCAUCCCCUUCAUUGUCCAAUUCGGCUUCAGACGUGUACGCCGAUGCAUAGGCCGACGCCAGUGGUGUUGGAUAGGAGGAGCCCAUUGGAGUCGUGUAUGCGGAGGUGAUGGGAGUAAUGGCCCGCGGCAUAGCGCCAGAUCGCGGGCCCCAGCGAGGAGUAGUAUUCCUCACCAUGUUGGAAGGCAAUGCGGGCGAGUUGAUACGUAACUUUGUCGUAGUUGCUCAGGCAUAUACUAGGUAUAAGGCCGGUGGCAAAGACGCAGAAUUUGAUAUCAGUGGAGAAGGGUCGGUGAGAUCGGAUGGUAGGCUUUCAAGCAGAUGAUGGCUGACAGGUGAUUGGACAGCAGUUUAAGAAUCGGUAUCGUGGCGGGCUAGAAGGCGCUUGGAAAUCGAGUAGACAGGGAAUACAACAAGUCGCAGAGGGUGGUGCCAUGACGUGGUUCAGUCGCAGAGUAGUCGUGAUGGGAGGAACCACCCUCUACAGUGCAGCGAACGCAAGCAUUGCGACGAUGACGGUUCAGGAGCAGUAUACGUAGAAGAAGAAAUAGGCAAGCAGCGGCGAUGCGACUCGAUGCGUGGAGAUGCGGGGGAUAAGACGUUGGGAGGAGAGAGACGGGAAACAAGUCUCGUGCCGCUGCAGCUGAACGUGGAUUGGUU